ACUGCAGUACAGAAGCGGACCGUACCAUUGUGCAUGUGGUGGGUGAGUGGCAGCAGGGAGGAGUGCUGCAGAAAGGGAGGGGGGGACAGAGAGAGGCUGGCACUAUCCUUUCCUGUCCUAAUCCCUCAGCCCAGUCGGUUGUGAUGAUGCUCUUUACAGAUACAGUAGAAACUUCACACCAGAAUAUUAAGAAGGAUGUUUUGAGAGUUCUGGACACCAUCGAUUGGAUGUAAACAGUUGGAUCUGUUCUGGAAUGAAAAUUGAAGAAUCGAUUUGACACCACUACAGAAACUAAAACCAGGAGCUGAGACGGACACACAUUACUACACAGAUACAUUCCAUCUUCAGCUAAUUUAAGUUCAGAAUAUCUAUAUAAUAGCCAGCAAAGUGGAUGAGUUAGUGAACACCAUUAUUUACUAUCAGCUUUAAAAGCCAGUAAAAGGAGCACAGUCACUGAGACCAAUGACUAAAUGUGAAGCAUUUUUAGGCCAAAUGACUCAACAUGUUUAACUAAAGAUCAAAAUCAAGUUUAUCUCAAUCACUUAUUUCUGAAAUUUAACACCAGAGUAGACAUCACUAUUAAGCCAAAAAAAGUCCAAACUUGCUGUGAAAUUAGCUGUUCGCCUAGCAAGCCUAGAUGGCGGACCCCUAUCAGAACAACAUUCACCACCAAGGAGGGGGGGACAGCUAUGGGUCUUAUGGAGAUGGUGGUGGCCAUGAUGGAUAUGGUUACCGGGAAGACUUCCCUCCCCAGGAAGAGGAUGCAGCGAGCGACGUCACCGAAGGACAUGAUGAAGAGGAUCAGACGUACGAGGGAGAAUAUCAAGGUAUCCCGCAUCCUGACGAGGAGAAGGCUGCACAAAGAGCUGCACGGGCUAAAGCUCGAUCAGCCGGCAGUGCAGUCUCUGAACUAGAAGAGUUAUCUGAGCAAUACGAGGACAUCAUGGAGGACUGUGGCCAUGGGAAGUUCCAGUGGACGCUGUUCAUGGUGCUGGGCCUGGCUCUGAUGGCUGAUGGAGUGGAAUGUUUUGUGGUAGCAUUUGUUCUUCCAUCUGCAGAGAAGGAUCUGUGUCUCUCCAACGCAGAGAAAGGAAUGUUGGGUCUGACCGUCUUUCUGAGCAUGAUGGUGGGAGCGUUCUUGUGGGGCGGUCUGGCAGACAAAGUUGGGCGUCGGCGCUGUCUGAUUGUGGCAUUAGCAAUAAACUGUGUCUUUGGCUUCCUGUCUUCGUUCGCCCAGGGCUACGGUUUCUUCCUCUUCUUCAGGCUGCUGUCUGGUGUUGGUAUUGGUGGCACAGUGCCGAUCGUGUACUCGUACUUCUCUGAGUUUCUUCAGAUGGACAAGAGAGGAGAGCACCUGUCCUGGUUGUGUAUGUUCUGGAUGAUCGGUGGAAUCUAUGCUUCGUUCACUGCCUGGGGAAUCAUACCCAGAUACGGUUGGGGGUUCAGCAUGGGCACAGAGUUCCAGUUCCACAGCUGGCGGGUGUUUGUCCUGGUUGCGGCUCUUCCUGCUAUCGGCUCUCUGGUUGGACUCACCUUCAUGCCUGAGAGUCCCCGCUUCCUCCUGGAGAAUGCCAAGCAUGAUGAGGCAUGGAUGAUCCUGAAACAGGUCCAUGACACCAACUGGAGGGCCAAAGGACAGCCAGAGAAAGUCUUUACUGUGACUCACAUCAAGACGCCUAAGACAGCAGAGGAUGAGUUUAUUGAGAUCCAGAGUGCUACAGGAACAGCUGUACAGCGAUGGGCUGUACGCUCACUAACACUCAGUAAACUGGUGAUGAAGAACGUGGCAUCACUCCUGUCUGCCGAACUGAGGUCUGCUACACUCUUGAUGGCCAUCAUCUGGUUCUGCAUGGCUUUCAGUUACUAUGGUCUGUCCGUUUGGUUCCCUGACAUGAUCAAACACCUUCAGCAUGAGGAGUACGAGUCCAGAGUCAAGGUGUUCCAUAGAGAGCGAGUGGAGAACUUCCAUUUUAAAUUUUCUUUAGAGAACCAGAUCCACGAAGAAGGAGAAUACAUCCACGACAAGUUCAUCAGUAUAGAGAUGAAGUCAGUGAAGUUUGAGAGCUCACUGUUUGAAGACUGUCACUUUGAAGACAUCAAGUCCACAGACACUGUGUUUGAGAACUGCACCAUCCGUUCCACUGUCUUCUAUAACACAGACCUGUGGGAGGAGAAGUUCAUUGACUGUAAGAUGGAGAACACCACCUUUGAGCACAACAAACAGGGCUGCCACCUGGACAUUGUGGAGGAGAACGACGUUCUCAUUUACCUGGUCAGCUUCCUGGGCAGUCUGGCUGUGUUGCCAGGCAACAUCAUCUCAGCCCUCUUCAUGGACAAGAUUGGCAGAGCCAAGAUUAUAGGUGGCGCCAUGCUCAUUUCAGCAGGCUGUACCUUCUUCCUGUUUCUGAGCUUCAGCCAAUCGGCGAUCAUCACCUUGCAGUGUCUGUUCUGUGGCAUCAGUGUAGCUGCAUGGAAUGGCAUGGAGGUGGUGACCGUGGAGCUGUACCCUGCUUCUAAAAGGGCCACCGCGUUCGGCCUGCUGAACGCUCUGUGUAAGCUGGCGGCGGUGCUCGGCAGCUCCAUCUUCACCAGCUUUGUGGGCAAAACCAAAGCUGUCCCCAUCCUGUUGUCCUUCGCUGCCCUCGUAUGCGGUGGCCUGGUGGCCCUCAAACUACCCGACACCAGAGGGAAAGUCCUCCAGUGAGAUCAGGGGGGGGGGGCUCUUUCAAUUGAUCUGACUUCUCUCUGCAUUGAAAGAAGUAAGAAUGCAAAAAGCUUACACCUAAUAAUGUAAAUUAUUGUUUCAUUUAGUACAGGCGUCAGAGAGGGAGGGGUAUUUAUGUUCAAAGUGUGAUCCUUUAACAAUGCAACAAAUCCUUACUAACCACAUGAUGAUGAUGAUGAUGAUGAUGAUGAUAUGAGUGGAGAGUAAUUUGAUUCUGUCUGGCUUGAAUCAGAAGAUGUAACUGGCCUUCAUGUCCUCUGCAUGUGGUGUUCAGUACUUCCAUGCAUGAUGGGACUCAUGUCAGAUCCUGUCCAGAUGUUUUCUGUGGCUUUUUGUUUUUAGCAAAUAAGCGUCUGUGUGUUAAAAUUCUGAAGGAGUCCUUUGGAGUUAAAGUUCCCUUCUUCUUCUUCUACUUGCAGUUCUUGAUAACAAUGUUAUUGCAAUGUUGUCAUUUACAGAUGUGAUUGUCAGUUGUCUUUGUCUUGAGCUUCUAGUUCUGGCUUGAUGAUGAUGCUGUGGUCAGUUAAACAAUCAUCAUUUGGGAUUUUAAGAAAUUUCUUCAAAUGAUUUGGUCAGUUUGGGGAAGUCAUACUCAAAGUGGAGCUAAAAUUGUAAUUCUCUUUUUUUGUUUGGACAUAACACUGCAAAUAUUGUGCACACUUUUCCAUUUUUCAUCUUUUUUGUACAUAUUUGCAGCAACAGCGUCCCCGCUUCAAGCCUACAAUGUUUUUUUUCACCUUUUUCAAGUCCAUAAGGCGUUGUUGUUUAUGUACCGUUAGAAUUAAGACAAUCAACAUUUGGGAGCAGCCGUUGUGCUGUUAGGGUGCCUGCACAUUGCUCUUGUAAAGUGGGACUCAGUUAGUGCGUUAGUACGUGUUGUGUUUGAGGGUCUAACUCUAUCAGCUGUUGACUAAAGGUCAGACUCACAGCUCACAGCCACUAGUGCUCCUGUGCUCCUGUACCUCAGCUGGUCCACUGCCUGUGUGGCCGUCGGAUCUGAAGUGAUAUUAAAAACUACUGUUAUUGCCCACUCACUCAUAUGUUGUACCAAUUAAAUUACAUUACAAACAUCAUCAGUCACCAUCACAAAACUUACAUCCGUGGAUUUAUUUUUCACUAGUGAAAUAAAUUAAACUUCAGUUUCUUCUUCUUGGUCAUUUUUACCAAAUAAGUGCAUCACUAAAAAUACACACCAAGUGUGUAUAUAUAAGGAGAUAUACAUACAUGUAUAUAUACACUUGUUUUAAAAGGAUCAAAUCUUAAGUUGCGUCCUGUUCAUCUUAAUAGCAACGAAUGCUGAAACAACUACUUAUUUGUGAAGUUUUGACAUUAUUGCACCAUCUGGUGGAAGAAACUGAACAUCGCAGUUUAUUUGGACUUCCUGUUUGCAUGAACAGCAGAAAUACAUAAUGAAAACGUUGCUCCAUUUAAUAUGAAGGUGGAGGACAUCAAAUGAACUGACAGAAGAGAAAUGAAGGAAAAUUACAACCAGGUGAUGAAGUCAGAAGGAGAUUCUUUAAUAACUAAUUGACAGAAGUGUGUCUUUCACCGAGCACUACAGAGAAGAGUUGAUCUGUUUGUCACUCCUUCAGCCUCUUUUAGUUCUGGAGAGACAUCGAUGUCCCGUGAGUGUCUCUGGUACAGACAGGUGAGGGACGUGUCAGGUGUUUGAUUGGCCUUUAGGAACGACAGCAUGGUCAAAGGACUGAGGUACUCAGAGGUAGUGUUGAAUGGAAUACUUCAGGAUAGUUUUGAUAAUUGAUGAUUGAAGUCAAUGUUUUGCUUGUUAAGUUAUUUAUCAUUGUAAGUUGAUACUUUUUGACUGUUUGGUCUCAUAAAACGAGCAGGUUGAAGUCAUCAAACUGAUGGGAAUUACAUUUGCCAUGUAACAUAAAAAUGAAUGAUGAAUUAUAUUCAAUAAUAGAAUAUGCGUUGAAGUUAACAAUGUAUUAUGUAUUAUUAUCUAUUCACCAUCAUUUUCACCUGAGCUUUGAUGAGUUAUGCAAAGCUCUUGUAUUAGUUAUGGCCCUGCUUUCUUGUCUUACUGACCUCCACCUCGGAGGCUUCACCCUCUUAUCAGCAGCAGCAGCCGGGCCACAGGACCAUGCAGGAUGAAGGAUGUGGUCAUCUGUUCUUGUCCAGUUUGAUGUUGAAUAUGUAUUUAUUACAGAGGGUUGUGUAGAUGACUGCAUGUUUGUGUAAUGUUUCAAUGUUUCUUCAACAUAAUGUGUAAGUUUAAAAUGUGUUUUUUUAUUACAAAGCAAAAGAAUCAGCAGCACGUUCACACAGAUAGAGGUGACCUCUGGUUGGACUCACAAGCGUCUGAUGAGUUCAAUGUCUUCCAAAGAGACCGUCUCAGUUUACACUGAGUAUGUUCUGUUACCGGCCACAUGAGGCAGAUCUCUGCUGCUCUGUGCUCUGCUUUGGUGUGAACUUGAAGCUGAACAUAUAUCACUACUGACACUCACAUUCAUUUGCUGUUUCACUGACAUGUCUUGCAUCAGAGAAACAACAUGUGGGUUUAGUGUGUUUCAUAGAAACCAAAAGGAAACUAUUCAGUCCAGAUGAGUUUCCGUGCUGUAGAUGUCCAUCCAUGGUUUGCAUGCAGCUGUUCAAACUAAAAGUUGUGUAAAGAUUAAAGAGACAGCUUUGGAGGGAAAUUCUACCUUCUCAAGUGUCUCACCUCACCCCGAUUGAUAGAUGGAGAAGGUGGAGGGAGGGAGAUUCCCCUGCUGCUGGACCAUCUGACAGCCCUCAGUCUGAAGCACACUGGCACCUCUUACAUGCUUAAAGCUCAGUGACCUGCAGCUCUUAGAAACCGAUUUCAAAUUCAAAAUAUCAACAAGUCCCUUUAAUAGAAGUGAAUGGCAAGGUUUCCUUUAAUCGACAUAAAACGUCACUGCUUGCUGUAUUGCACUAUUUUGUUACAUAAACAUGUCUCAUUUGACUGAAAGUGUGAAGGACCCAGCUGACCUUAAGAGCUGGACCCAUGAGAAGGGACCAUAUGACUUUAUUCUCUUCCAUCUGAAGACAGACUCUGUCCUCUUGUGCUCUAACAACCUCCCCAGAGUUUCAACCUUGGAUGCUCUUUGGGUUUUGACAGAAUGAGGAUGUAAGUACAGCACCUUUCUAAUAACAACAGUAAAAUGACUCAUAAAUAUAUUGUAUUGAUUCAUACUUGUUGUAUGUGCAUCACAUUGCUGUACAGCAGAGAUAACAAAGCCAACAAUUCCUCUCUGCAUCAUUUAAAUCAUUGUCUUCCUUUUCUUUGCUGGAGGAGAAUUCCGUCCAUGUUUUAUUGUCUGAUUUCAUUUCUCUUUGUUACUCUGUGUGUUUGUGGCUUUGACAAAUCAGAACAAUAAAAUGAGUUCAUCAAUUCACCAACA